UUUAGAGAUACGGUCAUAUCUUCACCCUUUAGCUCUUUAGAGUGGGGCAGUGGGGGAAGUUAGUUGUUACUUUAAGAGAAUUCAAUCCUGUUGAAGUGCUAAAGCAGAAGCCGUACUUAAGUGUCGCGAGAAUUGUCAUCAGCAACAACUUCUCGCGAUGUUUGGCCCGACGAAGGGUGGCCAUUUUGGAGUCCCCCCGGCGGCUGGUUGCCCCGGCGGCGUCUGCCAAUUUGCUGCCGGGACCAAAGCCGGCCCCGCGGGUGCCGGGCCUUCGAGCAGCCGGACCGACACUAUGUGGCGGCUCCGCUGCAAGGCCAAGGAUGGCACCCAUGUGUUGCAGGGGUUGUCCAGCCGGACCCGGGUGCGGGAACUCCAGGGCCAAAUUGCCGCUAUCACCGGGAUAGCCCCCGUCGGUCAGCGAAUCCUCGUCGGAUACCCGCCAGAAUGCCUAGAUCUCAGCAACGGGGAUACUAUUCUGGAGGACUUGCCCAUCCAGUCAGGUGACAUGCUGAUCGUUGAAGAAGACCAAACCAGGCACAGAACUUCACCUGCAUCUGCAAAACACGGUGCUCCUAGUUACUACAGGGAGUCUUUGCCUGUGCUUACCAGAGCCGCAGUCCCAGCAGACAACUCUUGCCUCUUUACCAGUGUGUACUAUGUCGUUGAAGGGGGAGUCUUGAAUCCAGCUUGUGCCCCUGAGAUGAGACGCCUCAUAGCACAAAUUGUAGCGAGUGAUCCAGAGUUCUAUAGUGAGGCAAUACUGGGGAAAACAAACCAGGAGUACUGUGACUGGAUCAAAAGGGAUGAUACUUGGGGAGGAGCGAUUGAGAUAUCAAUUUUGUCCAAGUUUUAUCAAUGUGAAAUCUGUGUAGUGGAUACACAGACAGUAAGAAUUGAUCGUUUUGGGGAAGAUGCAGGAUAUACCAAAAGGGUUCUGCUUAUUUAUGAUGGCAUCCACUAUGAUCCACUUCAGCGUAACUUCCCUGACCCAGACACCCCUCCUCUGACCAUUUUCUCUUCUAAUGAUGAUAUUGUUCUUGUACAAGCACUGGAAUUAGCAGAUGAAGCUAGAAGAAAGAGACAGUUUACUGAUGUAAACCGCUUCACCCUAAGAUGCAUGGUGUGUCAGAAGGGGUUAACUGGACAAGCAGAAGCAAGGGACCAUGCCAAGGAAACAGGCCAUACCAGUUUUGGAGAAGUGUGAUCUAUGCAUGAUGAGGGUUGCAGCCUACUACCUCACAGAUCCAGAAGGCUCUGGGUAUUCCAAUAAGCUAUUUGCAUAACCCUAAAGAACAAAAGGACACAUGCUUGAGCCACCCUUUUAACUUAAAACCACUAAGACACUGAAAUUCCUUGUUAAGAUUAAAAUUAGUGUGCAAGUUUACAGUGUGCAAGUGUCUAUAGUGGUGAUACCCUCUUUCUGCUGGGGUGACAGAAUAGAUGGUGCUUGCCACCUGCUGACACUAACCUGAAGAUUGAGUUUUAGUAUUAUAAGCUAGCAUCCAGCAGCAUUAACUUGUAGAAGAAAACAACAUCACAGGUUGGGUGAUGCAGAAGGCCUCACGUAAGGCCACUGGACAUAUACCACAGUGUCUCUAGUAAUUGAGUCCUUUUGAUAAUAACUCUGAGUGAGUUAAUAGUUUCUAAAUUAUGCAUUGAUUCCUCAAAUGAAGAUAUUCAGAAUUGUCGAAACUGAUUUUAUAUUGCAAUUUGGUAGACCUUAUAAAUGUGUGCUUUACCUAUUAUGAGUACAUACCAACCAAUUUUUAUAGGGAUGGGUCUGUUCCUUGAGGCUGUUACCUAAAAACAGGAACAGAUAGUGCUCUGGUUAGGAUUUCUAAUGUAUAAAAGUGGAAUGUUUGAGGGAGCAGGGGCCUGAAGUUGCCGACUGAAGCUUUAAAGGACUGUUGGCCUUGUGUUUUAAUGCAAUUUAUUUAUUGGCCUUUGUUAUAUUGGAUAAAAUUUUUUAAUUAAGCAAGGUAUUUUUUUAAUUGAAGCUCCUUGAAAUCUGAGUGCUCCAUUUUUGCAUUUUUAUGCAUAAAAAUUCAUCUGGAGGGAUUUGAUUUCCUUGGCUUUUUAAGAAUAUUUCCUCUGACUCCUGGUUGGGGCGGGGGGAAUGUUUAUCUAAAGUAAUAAUGCUGUGCUUUUUUUUUUUUUUUUUUAAUGUUUUGCUUACCUAAGCAGUGUUUGUUUUGAUGUUAGUCUUAUCCCUCCACUAAUGAAUGCUCUUUCAAAUAAUUUUACACUUCUGCAAAUUAGAACUUUGCUUAUCAGUGAUCUUUUACUUUGCCUUUUGAAGAAUUUAGAGUAAUUGGGAUGGUAAUGUUGAUUGAAUUAGUUUUGCUUCCAGAACAAAGGAUUUUAAAUCCUUGCCUUAUUGAGCUUUCUCAGAGUUCUGCUGCUUCCUGAUUCUAGAUGUGUAGCCAUUUGCUUGGUGGGCUCAUCUGCAAGGCACCCUCUCCAACAUAGCUUGACUGUGAGCUCUGCCAGAUGAAGUGUUCUACCUCUUUUCCUAAUUCUUUGUAAUAUCAGGGAUGCUAAAUUUAAAAUUUAUGUAUUUCUCAACAUGAUGUGAAGAGGGUUAGUGUUGUGAAAUUUUGUUAGCGUGCUCUCAUUUCUUAUGAAGUAUCUCUUAGAAAACUGAUGGUAUACUUCAAAGCACUUACCUCUUUCAGCAGACCUUCUUGGCAGAUGUUUCAGAAUUAAGAUUUAGCACUCUCACUUGGUGAAGGUGGCCAUGUAAAGUUAAGAAACAUGUAAACAAUUUAGGGAAAAAACACCUUUAAGGAACAGUUCACAAAGUAUGCUUAAAAUCAUCAGGUGACGUUUCUUGAGCACCUAUGUGUGUAUGGCUGCUUUAGGCAUUGUAAGUUACUCUGGUCAGUAUAACUAAGCAGUGUUGAAUUUUCAAUUUACUGAGCCUUAAAAACAGCAUUGUGAGCUUACGAUACUGAAUGUUUGGCAAUCAUGUAUGUACAAAUGAAUAUGAUUGAAAAUCUCUUCACACCUGUCUAUCACCUGGUCUAGAUAGUUUGUGUAUCUUUUAUUUCUACAAAAUACUAAAUUUAAAACUGUAAAUUAAGUAUAUACCACUGGGUAACAUCCAUCAAAUUGAGCUUUAUGCAUCAUCAUUCAUAAAAUUUGCCUUCCUCUCUUAGUACUUCAAGAGCCAAAGUUGACUUUUCUUACUGAAAUUUUAGAUUUAGAAAUUUAUUCACACAACAAAUAUCUAUUGAGUAAUUUAUAAUGUGCCAGUCAUGUAUCCUAACAGACAUUUCUGUCACUUUAAAAUUGAGUCUGUAUUUUAUCUACAGUGGCUUAAUUUAACAAAUGGAGAUAGAAUUCUGAUGUUUUACAUAAUUAAACCCUUCAUUUUAUGUGUUUUUGUUUACAUAUUUAAGCUUAAUAUUUUUAUUGCAAGCGUCAAAUUAUUUAUUCCAGGGAUCUUAUUUUAUUGUGUUUUACCUGUUGUUUAGCUCGUCUGUUCACAAAUUGGACACUGAUACUCAGUCAAAUGGCUGUCACUGAUCCCUUUAUUUAUUAGCCAUCUGCUGAAAUUCAGCACUAGUACUUCAGUGUUCUGAUCGUGGAGUAUUCAAAAUGAAGCACUAUUUGAAGACCAGUUGAUUUAAUUAUUGAGAAUUAAAAACCAGAAUUUAUGCUUAUUCUAAACUCAAGCUUGUGUGCCUCAUAUAGUUAAAAGAUUUUUUUUUACCGUGCUUAUUAAACUUUCUUGAAAUUAAUUAUUUGUGAGUAAAUGCUAAUCCUGAGAACUUUGAAAAUCUGUGGCUUUAAUACUUGCAGCAGGAUCAAAAGAACCGUCCUGAAUUUGCACUUGAAUAAAAUGAAACCCUUCCUUUUUCAUUUGGUUUUUGACUGCUGUACAAGAAUUUUCUUUUAAUUAAAAUGAAGACAGUCUAUGCUUUCCAACCCCCUCCUCCUCUCCCUUGCUCUUCUGUGGACCUAAAGAUGAGGUGUAGUGCUGUAAAGAUAGCCGUAUUUGUGCUGCGUCAUCAGUGUGUAACAUCUGAAUGGCUGUAAGUGGGUUUCUUAAUUGUUCCAGUGAGUGAGAAAUGGGUAUAGCCAGGUGGUGGUAACCUUGAAAGCUUGGCUGCUGGUCAGCUUGACCUUGUUGGUAAGAACUAAUGUAGUCCUGCCACUUGAUUAUUCCAUGAAGUUCAAGUCCCAGCAGAAUCAUAAUCAGAAAUGAGCACCUUUAUAUUAUCUCUCUAUACAUGCCACUAAGUGCCCAUGCCUAACUUGCUUAUCUAGCUUAUUCCUUCUGUCCCGUCUAGAGAUUAAAACACGGGUAUAGCAAGUUGCCCUAGCAGCUAAACAUAGUUUUUUAUGUCUUUUUGAAAAAAAAUUUGAAGAGUAUGCAAGAUUAAGUAACAGAGUGAUACUUUUUCUUUACAAAUCACGUGGCCUUCCUAAACUUUCAUAUAUAAUUAGUAAUCAUGUUUUUCAUAUAUUGAGACACACAUUUGUUAUUAUUUGCAGCACUUUAAAAAAUAUGAAAUAAAAGUUGACAUGUUUGCCCUGUCUAGGGGUCUUGUGAAGGACAUGAGAAUAAAACUCUUGAGCUCCUGACCACCAGCUCUUAAUCGCCUGCUGCCACCAGCAUAUCCGGCGGCGGCACAGCUUUCUGGCAUUGGUAAUGGUCGAACUCUGUUUCAGUAAAAGGAGCACGCUCUAUGCCCAGCAUUCAAAAUGCUACUUCUUAUUGUAAUGUGAUUGCCAUCCGUCAUUUAGUGUACAGUGCAGUAUUCAAAUGUGUCCUUGUAGCACAAAGACGACUAUAACAACUUCUAGAAGAUUAGAUUCUUAAAACUUCAUUUACUUCUAAGCAAACUUAUUUUAAGGGGGCCAGUUUUUAGUCAGAGGCCUGGAAAGUGACAUUUUAAAGACUAAAGUGAAACACUAAUUUGAAUAAGCUAGUUUAUUAACUAAUGCUUUAUUAUUAGAGUUAUAAUAUUGCAGCAUAUUUCAUCUAACUUAAAAAGAACGUAAAACUUCUCAGUUUGUGCCAAAGUGUUUUAUUUUUCCUUCUCCAAAAAUUAGCUGACAUUUUGUUUACAGUGUUCUGAACAAAUUUGAUUUAGGAAAAAAAAAAAUUACACUGAUAUUGAAUAUUUAGAGUUCCAAUUUGCGUCUUGACUCAUAAAGAUUUAGAGAAGAUUGAUAACCCUCCCCUGACUUUUGGGGGGCAAAGGGAGGGAAGGGCAGGAGGGUAAAGUACCACUAAAAAACAAGAGACUCUCAGAUGGAUGCAAUCCUGGUGAUGAAUUCGGUUUUUCAGAAAAUUUUUCAAGCAAUGCCCUUCUCCCCAAUUUCUUGGCAUAGAAUGUAGCAGGGCUGUAAGUGAAAAGGCUUGUUACUAAAGAAUAAAACCAGGAAUAUAAGCAUUUUGCUAUGGUGUCUUUUUAGAGUUAGUGAAGAUACGAUUUGGUUAAGUUGUAGGGUAAGUAGACAAGGCUAACUUAAGAAAGGUUUAGAAAUUUCUAAGAUUACAUGAGCUGGACUUUAUAACUGUUUUUUUAGGUAGGUAGGUGUAGCCUAUAGUUACUUGAACGACCACCCGUAACCCCACUGCUGUCCAGUCAAUUCUGACUCAUAGCCACCCUAUAGGAUAGCGUAGAACUGCCCCAUAGGGUUUCCAAGGAGCACCUGGUGGAUUCAAACUGCCGACCUUUUGGUUAGCAGCUGAACUCUUAACAAAGGCACCAGGGUUUCCAUACUUAAAGGAUACUCUAGGGGACCUAAAUUCUUGUCAGUUUUCCAGUUCACCUUGGUGCCAUACAGGGUUCAAGCUGUUAACGGGAAAUAUAUACAUACAAAGAAUAAAUUUUUUUUCCCUUUAAAAAUGUGAAUUCUGCUUGAAAUACAGAAUAAAUAUAGUUUGUCAAAGGGGAUAGGGAAUGACAUAGUCCUAUAAUUCCUGUAUUAAUGCAGUAGAGAAAGGUUCCUGAAGCAAGAGGAGAAUCACAAGUAAAGACUGUCAAAUUUAGAGCCUAGGAACAUGAAAAAGCAGUAGGGAAGGGCAAAACAGAACAAAGUUCUGUUUUUUUGGCAUAGAAAAUGGAUUUUCAUAAUGAAGAUGAAAAGUGUUUUCUUGUUUUGAAAAUGUCCUUUUAUGUAUUUGCCAGCAUUUUUUUCUAAGUUAAUACUCUGCUGCUACUUGGAAGAUGUCUAAUUUCAUUAUGUGCAACUCAUAUGAUUUUGCCAUUGUCAUUAAGAUGCAUUAAUUUUAUUUAUGAGGUGUAUGAUUUUAAAUGUCUAAAUGCUGUAUGAAGUGACUUGUUUUGAAAGAAUAAAUGAAGUGAAAACAUU